UAUGCCAUUUGAAGCAAGUAGGCAGGUCUAAGAAGGUAUGCUGGGGCAUAAGAAAGAAUCAUCCAUCCAAUACCUUCAAAGAUUUCAAAUGGAACUUGAACUGAAUUUCAAAGUCAUACCUUUCACCAAAUCAGAGGCAUUGGGUUCACUAUAAAUACUCGAAGCCCUUCAUUCAACUUCCAUGCAUUCCCAACUUACAUCCUUCAAUUCACUUAAUUAAUUACCUUUCCUUCAAUCCUUAGCUUCUUUCCUUAAUUAGCUUCCUUCAAUGGCAGUUCUUCAGUGUCUUGCAGUUCUCAUCGGGACUUUCCUUGUGAUUCAAUCUCCUGGAGACGCUGCAACGUGCAGUGAUUGUUUCAUUCAGUCCCAAGCAACGUACUAUCCGAAUUCUGAUGACAAUGGCACAGAUAGUGGGCACUGUGGAUUUGGUACAUUUGGAGCAACAAUGAAUGGUGGAGAUGUAUCAGCAGCAUCAAAUCUUUACCGUGAUGGCCUAGGAUGUGGUGCAUGCUACCAGGUGAGAUGCACCAACAGCUUGUACUGCUCUGAUAAAGGCGUGACAGCAGUAAUUACUGACAGUGGAGCAAGUGGUGGCAGUGACUUCAUUUUAAGCAGCGGCGCCUUUGGUCGUAUGGCUCAGACAAAAGACGCUGCUCGAUCUCUGUUAUCACAAGGAGUUGUUGACAUUGAAUAUAGAAGGGUACCCUGCAGCUAUCCAGGCAAAAAUAUAACAUUCAGGAUACAUGAUAAAAGCGGGAACCCUCAUUACCUAGCUUUUGUAAUAAUGUUCGAGCAAGGACAAAAGGAUAUUACUGCAGUGCUACUGUGUGAGACACAAAAUUUGCAGUGCAAGCUGAUGGAUCGGACGUAUGGAUCAGUGUGGACUACCAACUCGCCCCCAAGUGGAGCCUUGGAAGUAAGGAUGCUAUUUAGUGGUGAGGAGGAUGGAGAUGAGACGUGGGUAGUUUCUCCAAACAACAUUCCAGAGAACUGGAAGCCUGGUGACACAUAUGAUUCGGGAGUGCAAGUUAACGCCGCCGCAUAAUAACAUAAUCUGCAUACUUUAAUUUUGUUCUUUAAUUGCAUUUCAUUUAUAUUAAUUAUAUUGUCAUCAUUCAAUAAAGCUCAUUGGCUAUGUGUAGUGUAGGUUCUAAAUUUCCAUCAUUAUCAGUUCCUUUUUUUUUUCCCAACAUGUUGUAGGGUAGGCUAUACUAGCUAAGAAGUCCGUUAUUAUAUUUGUUGGCAAAUUAAAGAUUUAUUAUUAUUAUUGGAGUUAAUAAAUUCUAGUCCUUUCAUAUUCA